UGUGCGGUCACGUCAUCGUUCCAAUAAGCAUAGCUAAAUCUGCAAAUUUGUUUGAUAAACUAGCAAACCCACAUUUUAACAUACACACUACUGUUAAUAAUCUGGAUAAUGCGUAAAGGAAAAACUAGUAUCGAGGUGCAUACAACUUUUUUGUCAUCAAGUUAAACAACAGUUUUGGGCAUGAUGGACAGGGCUUCAGGCAUGGACAGAAUAAUGUCUCACUGGAUCUGUUGUAACUCGUGCUUCAUGUCCCCUGGUAAUGAGCGUCAGCUGGCUGUCACAAGCUGUGGCCACAUCAUCUGUAAUGUUUGCUUUCAGAGAGGAAAUCAAGGUGUGUGUCUCAUUUGCAAAGCAAAUUGUCAAAUCUCUGCACUGUCUGAUAAGAGCAGCUCAGAGGUUCAGGAUUUUUUCUUGGAUAUCAAUGCAGUUGCAGUCAAGUACUUCUCAGAUAUAAGCAAGGUCUUACAAUUCCAGGCCACACACCAGAAGCGAUUACUGGCCCACUAUCAGCAGAAGAUUGAGAGAAUGAAGGAGGAUGAACUAAAAAUUCAACAAGAGAUGCAGAAGAUGGCAAAGAAAAUUUCAGAACAGAAUGCCUACAUAUCAAAAUUAGAGAUGACUGUUCAAAAUCAAAGUUCAAGACUGGCAUUUCAGUCCAACCGAGAUCUACCUUCAGCAAGUCAAAGACAAGCUUCUUCAGUGACAAAAGUUCCCUAUUCUUCUCCACUUUUAAUGUCACGAUCCAUAUCCUCUGCUAGCCUAGCUGAUAGCAUAAAAAUAGACAGCAGGGGGCUCUCUCACAAAACAGACGCCUUGAGUAGGAUUUGUCUCAGAAGCUCACCGCAGAACUGCCGCAUAGCUUCUUCAGUGACAAAAGUUCCCUAUUCUUCUCCACUUUUAAUGUCACGAUCCAUAUCCUCUGCUAGCCUAGCUGAUAGCAUAAAAAUAGACAGCAGGGGGCUCUCUCACAAAACAGACGCCUUGAGUAGGAUUUGUCUCAGAAGCUCACCGCAGAACUGCCACAUAGGUUCAGUUCAUCACAGGGCAUCAAGUCAGAGCUCUAUGGGAAGCCAUUCAGCGCCAUUCAGUGCCACUGUCAGGGAAUUCUCCAGUGGUCUACGGGAGCCUGCAAUGAGUCCAUCCCAUAAUAUGGCCUACCGCAGAGAGUCUUCAUGGGAAACGCCUGUGUUCAAGCUGCCCUCGACCUACAAAUACAGUUCUGUGUCGUCCCUGGGACCCCCUCUCUGAUGUACACUCCAGUCCAAAAGCAAUAUGGCUAAUCACAACUCAAAAUAUUAUUGUAUGUCACAAAGUUCUGCUAUUUUUACUUGAUACUUUUAGGAAAAAGACAUCAGGGCCAUUAAUGUAUCAACAUCCAGGGCUGUAGUCGAGCAAUGAACACACUGCAGCGCUGCCCUGUAACUGACUCUCUUAUGAUGCCGCAGUGCAUUAAUGUUGCCUCUCAAUGAACAUCUGUGUUCUUAUUUGCUUGGUUCCUAUGUAUUGUAGCAAUUAGUUACAGACCCUGAUUGAGUGGUUUGUGACUGUGAAUUUUAAUAUGCCAUUUUGUGCAUGACUGGCAUUGUGUCAGCAGCAUGUGCUGUUAAUCACAUCCAAUAUGUUCUCUGCUGCAUGUUUCUGUUCUGAUUCUCUUCUGAUUGCACACUGAUAACAUUGUAUUGUGGAGUUCAAACCAUGGAUUAAACCUUGU